AUGAGUUAAUUAAUAUCAAAAAUAUUUUUCUAAAAAACAGUGUUAGUAUUAAGGAUUCAAGGUUCAAUAAAUUCUUAAUUGUAAGAAAUAGAUGUAUAAAUUGUAGAGUGAAUUAAAUAUCUCAUUAGUUGGAACACUAUAAUAAAGGAAGUGUAGUAGCUUUAGGAUUAAUUAUAAAUUCAAAAGGAGGAUGUCCAUAUUAAGUUGAAAUAUUAAAGAAAAAUAUUACAAAUUAUCUAAAUGGAUUACCUCUUUAUACUUUUGCAACUGAAUAAUCUCUAGGGAAUGCAUAUUAAUUAUUAUAGUUGGGGAAUAAAUCAUAUGCUUAGAAUACAUCUAAGAUUGGUUUAACAUAAAUUUAUAAUAAUAAAUUCAAUUUUGGAGAAUUUCUAUAAGAUAAUGGCAUAAAUGUAAAAUUGUAAUAUAGAUUAUUAGUUUUUGUAAUAUUAAUCUAAUGAAAUAGUGAAUCAUAAUUUGUUAGUAAAUUCAUCAAUAAAAAGUAGAAGUCAAAAAGAAUUGGAAUAUUUAGAUAAUUAUUAUGGAUUAUAGACUAAACAAUUAACAAAUGAAUGUUGGACAAAUAGAAAAGAGUAAUUAAAAAUAAAAAAAGAAUAAUUGGAAAAUAAUGUGUAUAUAGGAUAAGAAGCAAAAGAAUUAGGUUUAGUAGAUGAAUUAGGCACAUAUGAGAAAGUUCUUAUGUAAUAGUAUCCAAAAGCAAAAUUAAUACCAAUCAAUUUGGAAGGAAAAUUAAGAGUAUAUGAAAAUUGGUUUAAUUUAUUCAUAAAAAUAUCAUAAUCAAGUAUAAAAUAUUGAUAAAUUAAUUAAGGAGGCUUUAUUGGUUUAGUAUUAUUAUUUGGAGUUAAAGUAAUGGUGAAAUGGGGAUUUAUAAUAUAUGUAUGGAGAUAAUCUGUUAAAUAAAGAAGAUUAUCGAAGCAAUAAGAAUCAUUAUAAUAAUAAUGA